CAGUCAGUCUGUGGGUUGCCAUGGUUGGGGAUUAGGAAUAAUGCAUGGUGGAGUGCCAAGGCAAGGUGUGUGUUCAUUCCUCACAUUCUUACCUCAAUUCUAGUAUUGUGGGAGGUGUCAUUUAGUGGCGCACAUCCCCUGUUGUUAUAUAGAAACUUAAAUUGUGGAGGAAAUGAAUGGGUAAAAUUUUUAAUUGUUUUAAAUCUUAAAUCCAAACUGUACUGCUCACAAGCAAAUAGAACUGCAAUUUCCCCCACAUGUUUAAAAAUGACACUAUCCAUAUGAUUUCAGACCCAUUUUCACACCCCUUUCAGGAACCUGGGCCCCGUUUCACAAAGCAGGAUUACUGAGUUAGCGGGAGUAAAACCCGGAAAGCUCCCUAUUCUGGAACAUGGACUGACGUAAAAUGAGAUGUUUUGGGUUUUACUCAGCGGAGUUAUCCAGCUAACUCGGUAAUCCUGCUUCGUGAAAUACCCCACUGGACACUACUCUCUUUUGGUGUACACCCAUUUCCUGCAUCUGUAGGAACCAUACAAAGUCACAAUGCCAGGUUUAAUCCAGACAUGUGUAGGAAAUUAUGAAUUAAAUGUUUUAUCAGCCCAGUUUCUGUGAGAAAGUGAGAAAUAGCACUGAUUUGAGACAGAAAUGUGCUCCAUAUUGACAAAACAUGAAUUAAAUCUGUUAAACUGGAGAAUUUUGUCUGGUGUAAUAAGUCACUGACAUGAAAUGUAGUUUUUAAAGGCAUAUUUAAAGAUUAAUCAUAUGCCCAUUAUAUAUUAUUUUGGUGCAUAAACCGGAACAAAUUGAGCUUUGCUUUAAACUAGUACACUUUGAACGUUCUCUAAAAAAACAGUAAACAGUUUUGGACUGCCUCCGUUUUCGCAAUAGAUGUUGAGUUUCAGCUCUACAACCCUUCGUAUUACCUCUGUACCAGCUCAGCGGCGAGAAUCCAUUUCCUAGCUGGCGUGAGUAUGGGUUGGGCGGGGAGAUACUGAGAGGGGCGAGGUUGGGAACACAGACAAAGGAAAAACCGCUGCGGGCAACCGUGGAAGAUUGCGAGAAAACAAGACUACCGAUCUGCCCCUAACGAACUAUCUAGCAGCUCUUAAGAAGAGGAAAAUAUGACAAUGACAACUGGAUGUUAAUGAGAACUGCACAUUUUCGGCCUAUUAUUGUCUACAACGGAAGUGUUGACAUGGUCUAUGCUCUGCUGGUGCUGUUAAAAAGAGGCAUUAACAAAAAAGAGGACAGCAUAGGGCUACUGGAAGAUUAAAGAGGAAAAAUGAACGGGUUCCAGUCUAGUCCUCCGGAGUGUCCCGUUGGAAGCGUCUGCUCCAUCGAAGGUCUACCCCCACUUCCAAAAGGCCUCAGUGGGAUUCUGAACUCCAGCGGUGGUUCGUGGAGGGACAUCGAGAAGGUUUACAGCAAGAAGACCCGCAUCCAAGCCGACAUCAGCAAGUCCAGAGUUAAUGAUUCCAUGGACCGUAGCAAGCCCGCCAGCCUGGACGCAGCGCUGGCCAUGCUUCGUAAAGAGAUGGUGGGGCUAAGACAGUUGGAUAUGUCGUUGCUGUGCCAGUUAUGGUCCCUGUACGAGUCCAUCCAGGAGUACAAAGGAGUUUUUCAAGACAUGUCCUCCUCCCUCAUGUCUGAGAGCUCCUUCACUACUGAGAAUGGGUUCUCAGAGGAGGAGGAGGAGGAGGAAGAGGAAGAGGAGGAGGAUGAGGAUGAGGACAGAGAGGAAGAUGCACAGGGUGCUCCCGGAACCACUCUGUCACUGCCACAGCCUGCGCAGAACUCUCGGGACCAGUGGAUUAAGGAGUCCUUUCACUUAUAGACCAUAAUGCUCUACUCACACAUCCCCUUUUAGACCACUGCAUUUGUUUCAGACAUCCCAUUAUAGGACACUACAUUCUUCCUAUACAUCCCUUAUAGAACAAUGCAUUCAUUCUGUACAGCCCUUAUAGAACAUUGCAUUAUUUCCACACAUCCCCUUAUGGAACACUGCAUUCCACGUGUGCCCUUAUAGAACGCCACAUUUGUCCUGAUGGAGUGCUCCUUUCUUCAUCCGAGCUUCUGUGUCUUUCAGUAGCUAGCUGACAUGAAUCAAACAAAGCACUUUGCUCUCAACUUCCUGGGUGGCGUUUUCCAGGUGAUGCUCUUGUUCCUUGAGUGGUCAUAGGAUGUCCCUGAACUCAUGUUCGGGCACAUCAGGCUGGUGCUCUAGUCAACUGCUUUUUAUAAAUAUGUAAUACUAUCUUUUAUACAUACUGUUGAAUAAGAAAUUUGGUUAAAAAGUGAUUGAAUGUGGCAAGUGAAGAGGAGCAUUUUCAGACUCUAAAGGCCGUUGGCUUAUUUCUCCACUACAUUUAUUACUUUGGAUGUACCUGUAUGGAUAUGAAGUCAAAUCAAAAUGUUUUUCCAGUUUGUAUUGAUGCCUUUUAAAAUCCUCCAGUGGUAUCCAUUGUUUUGCUUUCUUAAUUUUAUUCUGAUUGUAAAAGUAUUCAUUUCUGAUCUGUGGGGAGGGAGGGCAUGUUGAUGCUCUUUGUCUUUAUAUUCAAAUGAAAUAUUUAACUUGUUUAUACUUAACAGUUUUUUUCUAUGCUCUGAAAACUGAAUGUAGUCAUAGACUCAUUUGAAGUUGUGUGAAUAAAAUUAUUUGUAAUAUUC